AACAUGAAGGUCUCCGUGGCUCUCCUCAGCCUACUGCUCUCAGCUGCCACCUUCACCUCCCAGGUGCUUGCUCAGCCAGAUGCCGUGAAUGCCCCCGUCACUUGUUGCUACUCAUUCAUGGAGCAGAGGAUCCCUGUGAAGAGGCUGGUGAGCUACACGCGAGUCAGCAGCAGCACCUGCCCCAAAGAAGCUGUGAUCUUCAAGACCGUACUGGGCAAAGCUGUCUGUGCUGACCCCAACCAGACAUGGGCCAAGGACUCCAUUGCCUCCCUUGACAUGAUAAUUCAGCUAGCAAAGCCUUAACCCACAGCUCAAGAAGCUGCAACAACCCAAGAAAUGACUGAUCCAACAACCUAGGACUGAUUUUGUUUUCUCCAUCUUUCUUUAAAUUCUCUGAUAUAUUGUUAUAAUUUUGCAGAAUACAAGUUUUGUUUACUGAUAUGAAAUAUGAUUCCCUAAGUAAAUGUUAUCUUCUUUAUAUGAUUGAUAUUUUAACUGUAUCUCCUAUAAAUUACUUCCUUUCUGUGAACCCUGAUUCC